AUGGCAGUUUUUAUUACAAAUUUAAUUUUCUUUACACUUCCGGUACUAAUUCUGUGUGAAAGCUCGUUCCACCAGAUAACCCCACUCUAUGUGCGACACUUGAAAAAGUUGGAGGACACCCUUGUCCCACAUGUCAUUGCCCGCUACACCAAGGCCCUCGAGGAUCAGCUGGUUCUUAUCCGAGAGUACGUCCAAGACUACGAGGACCAUCAAAAAUCACUUAAUCCCGUUGAGGGAAAUCCACUCGAUACAUACCGCCUCGUCCGACGGCUGGCCCUACUUACAGGACCGGACCUCACUAGGCUUUCUAAAUAUGCACAGGAUGAAUUAGCGACAAUUGUGGGACUGGUGAAUAUUGAGGAUAAAAAUGAAGCCGUUUUGUCACUUCUCCAUCUCCAAUACACAUAUUCGUUAACUGCAUUUGAUUUAGUGGAAGGAAUCGUUUCAGGUGUACAUACUGGAGUAACUCUAACCGCUGCGCAUUCCAUGGAAAUUGCUCAGUCGGCUCUACACGGCGGUUACUACUCUUUCGCUUUGGAAUGGCUUCAAGUCACCCAUAAAUCCAAUAAAAGGGAGCAACGAUUUACGGACUUUGAAUUGCUAGAGGCCACAAAAGCAUUUACGGUUGAACACGACACAAACUAUGAGGUUAAAAGGGCACAGAGGCACAUGUUUAUCUAUCCACAAACUUUCAAAGAAUGGAAUAUGAGCCUCCAGGAACUUCUUACUAAGCCACCACCUUCAAUGGCAUUGGGGCAAAGUGAGUUAAUAAAGACGAUACCAGAUACCGGCGCGGCAAAGAGGGAACCAUACAGCACAAUUGCGUUAUGUCAAGGCAACAAUUUCCAGGGAAAUGCGGUGCGCUCAAAACUCCGAUGUUAUCUUGACUACGGCGCCAAUUCUUACUUUUUAAUCCAACCUGUCAGAGUGGAAGAAUUAGGAGAGGGUCUAACCAUUUUCCAUUCCUUUCUUACCAACUCCCACGUCGAUGAAAUUAACCGGGUAGCAUUCAAUAAAAUUGGUUUAGCUGUUACAAGGCGUGAAGCCAGUAGUGAUGAGAAUAUAGCAGCAUUUGCAUCAGUCCUAAAGAAUUCUGAACCGGUGGCAUGGAGAUUGAAAAGGAGGGCUGAGUUAUUGUUGGGGCUUAAUGUUCUGGGAGUUAAUGCAUCUGAAAGUGUACGCUUCUCACUUUAUUCGACGGGUAUGAAAAUUCACAAAAACAAAUUGGAUGUGAUUUUGUGUGUGCUGUUUCGUUUACCUGGACGUAUUGAGGGAUUGAGGGCACACAACGAUGCGGCUGGACACUACGACGAAAAUGACCCCGAUUUGGCCUGGGACAAGACUAAUUAUGUGGACAGACUCAAGACAAUGCUGAUCUAUCUGAGCGACAUUGACGUCGGUGGGAUCACCGCCUUUACAAAUCUUGGCGUAGCGAUGCGUCCAACGAAAGGCUCGGCAUUAUUCUGGAGUAACUAUGCAUCAAAUGCGGAGGACUUAAAUCCCCUAAUUACUCAUGCGGGCUGCCCCGUCCUGCUCGGGAUCAAGAGUUAUGCCACCUUGUGGUUACUUUGGGUGACGAUUGCAUGA